AUUCUUGAGAGCAGCAGGGGAGGAAGGGGAGAAAAACAUGUCUUCUAGGAAAGCAGAUACAUAGCAGCUUUGAAUUAGAAUGUGAGUUUGUAACGAGAACUUGGCGUCUGAAAUUUUGUUGAGAAUGUCACAUAUCUCAGUGAUGACUGCCUUGAGAAAACCUCAGCCUGCAAAGACAUUACCCUUUGGAGACAUCAAUAGGCACUGAAAACUUCCUGGGGAUAAGACCUUUACACAUUGAUGACAGUCUCGCAAAUCCUCUUUAGAAGCAGCCUGGAGGCUGUCAUUUUGGACUGUUGAUGAGGGCAUGGGACUCAUUUCAUUAUUAAUCAUUUGUGAAAUUUCAGCAGUGAGCAGCAUCAGAUAGGAAACAUCAAUAAACGAACAUCAACCUACAGAAACAGUGCACUGAAGGUCACUGCAUCCUGUGUAAUUCUUUUCUGGGAACAUGUCUGAGAAAGGCACAUUAAGACAAGAGGCAUUGGAGGAAGCUGGAAAUGAACAAAGUACUGAGAUUUCUCCAUCUUGUCGGGUAACAUGCAUCAUUAAUACUGAAAGCUUGGAAGUGGAGGAAAAAGAGAAGGGAAAAGAAGAUAAGUCAAGUGACACAAAGGCUGAUCAUCAGAAACGAACGAUAUACCAGGGGCAACAAAGGAAAAGAGCAAAGUCAGGAGCCAAAGGUAAACUAGUGAGAAGUCUGGCUGUUUGUGAAGAGUCAAAUCUGCCUCUGCUAUCAACAGAAGCCAUAACAGAGAAUCAGGAUUCCGUUCAUCUACAGCUCACCAGCUCACCAAGCUUUCAAGAUGAUGAUAAAAAUAAUAAAGAAGAAUUGGAAAAAGAUAAAAACAAAGACAAAAAUAGUGAAAAACCCAAAAUAAAAAUGCUUUCAAAAGAUUGCAGUCAAGAGUACACAGACUCCACAGGGAUAGAUUUGCAUGAGUUUCUUAUUAAUACAUUAAAGAAUAAUCCAAGGGACAGAAUGAUGCUUUUAAAAAUGGAACAGGAACUAAUAGAUUUUAUCAGUGAUAACAAUAAUCACUAUAAGAAAUUCCCUCCAAUGUCAUCAUAUCACCGGAUGUUGGUACACAGAGUUGCUGCUUAUUUUGGAAUGGAUCACAACGUAGAUCAAACUGGAAAAUGUGUUAUAAUCAACAAAACAAGCAAUACUAGAAUACCAGAGCAACGGUUCUGUGAGCACAUUAAAGAUGAGAAAAAUGAUGAUUCCCAGAAAAGAUUUAUUUUGAAGCGAGACAAUUCCAGUAUGGAUAAGGAUGAUAAUCAGGAAAUGUUUAUCUUGCAGCAAAAUAGGAUUCAUCCAUUUAGAGAUGAUAGAAGAAGUAAAUCAAUUGAGGAGAGAGAAGAGGAAUAUCAACGAGUAAGAGAGAGAAUUUUUGCACAAGAUUCGACCUGUUCCCAGGACAGUCUGUAUGUGGAAAACGGCCGAAUUCUAGAGGAUAUCAAUAUAUUCGAUGACACACAGAAGAAGAGGCAGCUAUUUAGAGACGGGACAGGAAAAACAUCAGGUAGUCGACAGAGCAGCACAGAGACUGACACAAAGUGGACUGACCAGCGACCCUGGAGUAGUACUGACUCAGACAGCUCGAAUCGAAACUUGAAGCCUCCUGUGACAAAGACAGCAAGUAUCGGUGGCAUAACAGUAUUGACUCGUGGUGACAGCACAAACAGUAACAGGAGUACGGGCAAACUCUCUAAAACAGGUUCAGAGUCUUCCAGUAGUGCUGGCUCUUCAGGUUCACUGUCAAGGAACAAUCAGCCAUUGCACAGUACAAAUGUCAUCCCGGCGUCAGUCAACUCUACAGGCUCAGUCUCCUACCCAGAUGGUGGAAUGGGUGGACAGGUGGCAUCUACCAACACAAGCUAUAUUUUACUUCCUUUGGAAGCUACAGGUAUACCACCUGGCAGUCUUCUGUUAAACCCACACACAGGCCAACCCUUUGUGAAUCCUGACGGUACACCUGCAAUUUACAAUCCUCCUGCUGGCUCCCAGUCAGUUAGAGGUCAGCUUCCUGGACAGGCUCAGCAGCAACCUACUCCACAAUCACAGCAGCAGAUACCCAGCCAUCUAGUUCCACAGCCUGUGCAAGCAAUGCAGUCUUCUUCUCAGUCUGUCCAGUAUCCGACAGCUUCUUACCCUUCCCAGCACCUACUGCCAGUUUCACCAACACAACAGUUUCCUGUGCGAGAAGAUUUGGCCUCCCAGUUUAACCAGAUGAGUUUAAGCAGACAGUCAUCGGGAGAUACUACUGAGCCACCAUCUGGUUCUGUCUAUCCAUCACCCAUAUUGCCUCAGGCACCCCAACAAGCUAACUAUGUCAUGGCGUCACCAAGUCAGCUUACCCCGGGUAGUUUUACUGGAUCUGGACAGCCCAUGUCUCAGCAAGUACUUCAGCCACCACAAGGAUUUGUACAACAACCAUCUGCCCAGAUGCCAGUGUAUUACUACCCCCCUGGCCAGUAUACUACCUCAGCAGCCCAGCAGUUCAGGCCUGUUGCUACCGUUCAAUACAAUGCACAGCGUAGUCAGCAGAUACCACAGACCACACCACAGACAGGUUUUCAGCCGGUCUUGCCCAAUCAGCAGCAAGGGUUCCAAGGCCUGGUUGGAGUGCAGCAACCACCCCAGAGUCAGAACCUGUUGAACAACCAGCAGGGAAAUCAGGUGCCAGGUGUGAUGGUCCAAUAUCCAGCCAUGUCUUCUUACCAAGUGCCGAUGACUCAGAGUUCUCAAGGGAUGUCUCAACAAUCAUACCCACAGACUAUCGUACUAUCCAAUCAGUCAGGUCAAGGGACACUUCCAGCCACUGGAAUGUCUGUCUAUUGUAAUGUAAUACCUCCUUCUCCUCAAAACAACCUAAGGUUGGUAGCGCCCCACUGUCCUGCCAAUAAUGUACCAGUGCUCCCUGCCAACUGCAGAACAAACUGUACAAACAUUAGCGGCACUGGAUGGCAGGUUAAAUACUGAAAUGGUGGCAUUGGGUGAUUAAGAUAUCAAAAAGCAUUUUUGGACAUAGUAACUUGACAAAAAAAUUAUUGAAACAUCAGUUGAAGAACUAGUAUUUAAGUUCUCAGUAAAUCACUGCUGGUUCUGUUUAAAAAGUCAAAAUUAUAUUUAAAAAUUGUUGGUUACUGGUGCAUUUUAGUCAUGUCUCUGCUAGGUAUGCUUUUGUAGCGUAGCUAAGUGACAUGGAUUCUCUGGGGUAAGAUCUCUCCUACCAGUGGGCACCACUGUGUAGAUUGUAAUAUCCCAAUACUGAUUAGUUUUGUACUUUGUGUUGAGUUUGUGAAGCUGAAAAGUAUUAAAAUUAUUAUAAUAAAAUAUACAUUGUACCAAAGCUGAAACAGACGGAAUUGCUGGAUGGAAGGAAUAAUUUAUAGAUACUAUAGAGUUUUUUUAAUGGAUAUAUACUGCAGUGUAGUGUUUAAUGACAAUAAAACUAUUUGACCUCAUGGAUAAAGGUCACAUUUCUACCAUGUGAUUUGUCUUCUCUCUUGACAGUUCAGUUAGUUGAGUGACAGUUUAAGUGUUUUUGACAGGAGCUCAAAUGUUGUUCGGAAGCCAGCUGCUAAUUCAUUUUUGCACUGAACUUGCAGCUAUUAAUGAAUUAAGACUCUACAUUUAUUUGCAUAUUUAUUAUUGUACAGUAAAAUACAUGUUUCCCAAUUUUAAACCAGUUGUUAAUCAGAAUAAUUAUUUGCGAGUUUGAAUAAAUAGCCUGCUUUUCUCCACCUUUGAUACAUGUCAAUAGAUCAAAGCUAAAUUUAAUGACCCCAUACCAUCUAAAUAUGAAAGCUAUUAAUGAGGAUCUUAAUUAAGUAGAUAAGUAUUUUUAUAAGGUGGUUAAUAUUUUGGAACUGAUAGUAUUGGUCAUCUUCACAAUGUUGAUGCUACUUGUGUGAUGUGAAAUAGUUUUUUUUAUUGAGGGUAGAGAUUCUUGUGUUAGAAACUUCCUGCACAAUCUGAAGAUUUUACUGUGAUCCAUCCAAGGUAAUAUCUGCUUCUGGGAAAACCCAAAGCUUUCCUAAGUUUCUAAAUUA